AUGGACGAAUUUAUAGCAGGCCCCGAGCUGGUCAAGGACGUGCUGGAGUACAUUGGACGGAACAAGAUCUCGUCGCCGUCGUUCGAAGCAUGGAAGGCAAGUCAGACAGGUCGCAGCAUAUCGGACGACAAGCUGCUCAUUGCGAUCUUGGACUACACGAUCAGCAAGGAGAUGCGCAGAGUGAUAUCAGACCCAGAUGAGCGAGAUGAAGCAUUGGAGAUAUGGAGCAAGGUGAUCGAUGGGUGCUUGGACCCGUCGGUGUCAUGGGAGGAGGGGAUGGAUAAGAUCGAAGAGCAUCUUCGAAAUAAGACUGACCUUCAAGGUGGUCAGGAGGUCUUGUUCUACUUGUAUGUGCUGGAGAGAUCCGUGGAGGUCGAUUGA